AUUGCAAAAAGUUAUAUAUACAGAGGUAGUGGCACUUUCUGCUGCAAGCUUAAUGCACUAAUCCAAAUGAAAGGAGUGCAAAUGAGUUCGUAGUUGUACCAAUACUCCCUACUUUCCCUGCUCCACAAUAAAAUAAUCACCGCCACUCCCCUCCGUGGCGCUACCCAAUUCCGAAGCCGGACAUGGCCAAGGGUCGCAAGCUAACCACCAGCCGUAGCGAUCGCUUCCUCGAAACCUACCCCCAGGCCCAAUCAUCCGCCGGAGAUCCAUCGGAGCUCCGGGAAGAGGACAUCUGGUCCACGGCGGACGAUACCGAUGCCGCCACCGCAGCUUACGCCGAUUGGGAGACAAUUGCCGCUGCGGAGUCAAACGGUGGCGGUGGCGCCACGUACCGUCGCCGGAUUCCCCGCGAUGGUCACCGACAAUCCGGUGGAUUGUCGCUGGCGUUUGAGGAUCCGGCUUGCAAUGCUGCGGCGACGCCAAGAGUCGUACACCAGUUCCGCCCUCGCGACGGCGGUACCGCUGCGGCUUCGCCGAGGGGGCGCCACGUGGCGCAGUCGGCGCCGGUGAACGUGCCGGAUUGGAGCAAGAUACUCCGAGUGGACUCCGCCGAGUCGCUGCACGGCGGUGGCGAGGAUGACGAUUUUGACGACGGCGCGUCAGAGAUGGUUCCGCCGCACGAGUACUUGGCACGAAGCCGGAAGGCGGCGGCGAACUCGGUUUUCGAGGGAGUCGGGCGAACCUUGAAGGGCCGGGACAUGAGCCGGGUACGUGAUGCCGUUUGGAGCCAGACCGGGUUCGAUGGAUGAAAUCCGGUUGGUUGGGAUGAACGCCAAAACAGAAAGAGAUGCUUGGUUUUUCCUUCAAACCAGAUGACCUACCAGGCCACUACGGACAGAAAUCAAUUUAUUGUUAAUUUAGUUUAAUUAAAUAGUAGUAUAUAGUUGAUUAAUAAGAGUGUUUAAGUAUUGAAUCAAUGAGACAGGCAACACCACCUUAUUAACCGAGAGAAUGUUUUUGAAGGCACUUUGGUUGGGUGGUUCUUAUGCAAAUAUUGAGAAUCACAUAAAUGCUACCUUUUUGAGAUAUGGGCCGAAUUUGGUAAGAAGGAAAAAAAAUAUCGAGUUCCAUACUUCCAUUGCCAUUUGAUGUUUUCCAUUUGAUGUAAUCGAUAAAAUAAGCAUAUAAUUAUCGAUGUAAAUUGAUACCGAUGGAUGAAAAUU